AUGUCUUCAUCUCUAGGUGACAAACAAAAGUGGACCGCUACUAACGUCCGUAACACUUUCUUAGACUAUUUCAAGUCUAAAGACCAUAAGUUUGUUGCUUCUUCUCCAGUGGUUCCAUUCGAUGAUCCAACUUUAUUGUUUGCCAACGCUGGUAUGAACCAAUAUAAACCAAUCUUUCUAGGUACUGUCGAUCCAUCUUCCGAUUUUUACACUUUGAAACGUGCUUACAAUUCACAAAAAUGUAUUAGAGCCGGUGGUAAACAUAACGAUUUAGAAGAUGUCGGUAAAGAUUCUUACCAUCAUACUUUCUUUGAAAUGUUGGGUAAUUGGUCCUUCGGUGACUAUUUCAAGGCUGAAGCUGUCGAUUUUGCUUGGACUCUUCUAACUGAAGUCUAUGGUAUUCCAAAGGAUAGACUAUAUGUUACCUAUUUCGAAGGUGAUGCCAAGCAAGGUCUUGAACCAGAUAUCGAAGCUCUAGAAUUAUGGAAGAAUGCUGGUGUACCAGAAGACCAUAUCCUACCAGGUAACGCUAAGGAUAACUUCUGGGAAAUGGGUGACCAAGGUCCAUGUGGUCCAUGUUCUGAAAUCCAUUACGACAGAAUUGGUGGCAGAAACGCCUCUUCUUUGGUUAACCAAGAUGACCCAGAUGUGUUAGAAGUAUGGAAUCUGGUUUUCAUGCAAUACAAUAGAGAAGCAGAUGGUUCUCUAAAAUCUUUACCAUCUAAGCAUAUCGAUACAGGUAUGGGUUUCGAAAGACUGGUUUCUGUUCUACAAGAUGUUAGAUCUAAUUAUGAUACUGAUGUUUUCCAACCUUUGUUUACCAGAAUUCAAGAGAUCACUCAAGUGAGACCAUACCAAGGUAAGUUUGGUGAAGAGGAUACCGAUAACAUUGAUACUGCUUACAGAGUGUUAGCUGAUCAUGUGCGUACUUUGACAUUCGCUUUAUCCGAUGGUGGUGUUCCAAACAAUGAAGGUAGAGGUUACGUCUUAAGACGUAUUCUAAGAAGAGGUGCUCGUUACGCUCGUAAAUACAUGAACUACCCAAUCGGUAACUUUUUCUCCACUUUGGCUCCAACAUUGAUCGAUCAAGUUAAGGAUAUAUUCCCAGAGGUCUCUAAGGACCCAUCUUUCUUAUUCGAAAUUUUAGAUGAAGAAGAAGCUUCUUUUGCUAAGACUCUAGAUCGUGGUGAAAGACUAUUCGAAAAAUACGCCAAGGCUGCUGCUGAAACUGAAAGUAAGACUCUAGAUGGUAAGCAAGUUUGGAGAUUAUAUGACACUUACGGUUUCCCAGUGGAUUUAACCGAAUUGAUGGCUGAAGAACAAGGUCUAAAGAUCGAUUCUGUCGGUUUUGAAAAGGCAAAGCAAGAAUCCUACGAGGCCUCCAAGAGAGGUGGUAAGAAGGGUAACGAUGAUUUGAUUAAGUUGAACGUCCAUGAAUUGAACGAGCUGAACCAAAACAACGUCGCUAAGACUGAUGACCAUUUCAAGUACGGUUUCGACGAUGUUGAAAGUAAAAUCUUGAAGCUACAUGAUGGUGAGAAGUUUGUCAAUGAAAUCACUGAAUCUGGUAAGAAGUAUGGUGUCCUUCUAGACAAGACAUGUUUCUAUGCUGAACAAGGUGGUCAAGAAUAUGAUACUGGUAAGAUUGUUAUUGAUGAUGUUGCUGAAUUCAAUGUCGAUAACGUCCAACUAUACAACGGUUUCGUCUUCCAUACAGGUACUCUAGAGGAAGGUAAACUAUCUGUCGGUGACUCCAUCAUUGCCUCUUAUGACGAACUACGUCGUUUCCCAAUUAAGAACAAUCACACAGGUACUCAUAUCUUGAACUUUGCUCUAAAAGAUGUUCUAGGUAACGAUGUCGACCAAAAGGGUUCCCUUGUUGCUCCAGAAAAGCUUAGAUUUGAUUUCUCUCACAAAAAGGCUCUCUCUAUGGACGAACUACGUAAGGUUGAAGAAAUCUGUAACCAACAAAUUAAGGACAACUUACCAGUUUACUACAAGGAUGUUCCAUUAGAAUUAGCUAAGUCUAUUUCUUCUGUUCGUGCUGUUUUCGGUGAAACUUACCCAGAUCCAGUUCGUGUUGUCUCUAUUGGUAAACCAGUUGAUGACUUAUUGAAGGACCCAACUAAUGCUGAAUGGGAAAACUUCUCCGUUGAAUUCUGUGGUGGUACCCACGUUUCCAAGACUUCCGAUAUUAAAUACUACAUCAUCUUAGAAGAAAAUGGUAUUGCUAAGGGUAUCAGAAGAAUUGUUGCAGUUACUGGUUCUGAAGCUUUCGAAGCUCAAAGAAUUGCUGAUGAAUUUGAUGCUGAAUUAAUUGCUGCCGAGAAGCUACCAUUCUCUCCUCUAAAGGAAAAGAAGCUAAAGGAAUUAGGUGUUAGAUUAGGUCAAUUGUCUAUUUCUGUUAUCUCAAAGCAUGAAUUAAAGGAAAAGUUUACUAAGAUUGAAAAAGUCGUUAAGGAUGAAGUUAAGACCAGAGCUAAGGCUGAAACAAAACAAACUUUAGAUGAAGUUAAGGCUUAUUUCACCGAAAACCCAGAGGCUAAGUACUUCGUCAAAUUUAUCGAUAUCCCAACUAACGCAAAGGCCAUUACAGAAGCCGUCAAUUACAUGAAGACUUCCGCUAAGGACAAAUCUAUGUAUCUAUUCACAGGUAACGAUCCAGAAGGUAGAUUGGCUCAUGGUUGUUACAUUUCUGACGAUGCUUUGACCACUGGUGUCGAAGGUCCAGCUUUAGCUAAGGAGGUUUCUAAUAUCAUUGGUGGUAAGGCUGGUGGUAAGGGUAAUGUCUUCCAAGGUAUGGGUGAUAAACCAACAGAGGUUAAUAAGGCUGUUGAAGAAGUCACAAAGCUGUUGAGUGAAAAGUUAUGA